AUGAACUCAAAUUUAAUUAAUGAAAGCCCAAAUUUGCGUCAGCCUUAUUCUCUGACAGAAUUAUGUACAGCGACCAAUUCUACUUGUACAGCAACGUGUCUUGUUAAUAAUCUCACACCAAGCGAACUGGAACUUUUUUGCAAUCCACCCUACACUCUUACCUUAUCUUGCGACAGUAUUCUCAAUCCCAUACGCAAGCGACGCCAAAACAGCGGCAAGAAGAGCUUGCCUCCCAGACCUCAAAAUGGUUGGAUAUUAUUUAGGCGUAAUUUUGAAAGUCAAGUACGUUCUCAAUGUCCUGGCGGGUCCAAUACUCUCAAAGAAAUUUCCAAGCUGGCAGCCGAAAGUUGGAAAAGUCAACCAGAAAAAGUCCAACAGUAUUUCAACGUUCUCUCGAAAUUAGCUUCACACAAACACAAAAUCAUGUAUCCGGAAUAUGUCUACAAUCCGAAGAAAUUUAAGAAUGGUGAAAACUUUGUAUUUAGACAUGUGGACAAGGACAAAAUUGUGAAAAGUCGUAACAGUAAAGCGAGUUUAUCUAAGAAGACUAAACCAAGCAAUUCGAGCAAAGGUGACUAUACUAGCAUUAUCAAGAAUGAAGGCUGUCCAGAAAAUAACAGACGACAGUCUAUCUUGCUAAGUCCGAGUACUUUUGUCGAUUUUUCGGAUUUGCUUCCCUCCCUCCACGAUCUUUUUAUGCUUUCUCCAAAUUUCAUUCAAUAUUCUUCUUACUUUUCUCAAUGUCAAUUUUAUAAUGAUAUUAAUGAUGAUAACAGAAAUGCUGCAAAGCAGAUAAGUUAUACGAAUUUGAGUUUGAAUUUGGACAUUAUUCCUGUUAAUAAACUCAAAUAG